CCAGCAUCGAGCAGCUCGUCUUCUGUCCAUGUUGUCCGGCGGGCGGAGUGUUUGCUGUGUAGUCCGCCAGACAAAGACCCGAGUGAGAGAGAGCAGCGGGACCCUGCUGUACCGGCGCUGGACACAACGUGACUGAAGGACCGUGUUACACAGAGCUGCAGCCCCCCUGGACCUACCCCCCAGACAAGGGAAACCACCUGCUGUGCCCACUUUGUUUUUGUUUCAUUGUUUACAUCUCUUCGCCGACGGGAGGCUUUGCUCGAACAGCACAAAGGACAUCUGCAGCAAGGACCUGCCAUUAUAAUCAUCACAGUUUAUUUAAAGACAUAACCUCACUUUUCCUGGAAUAGGAUUCAACCUGGAUUUCAGAGAGACACUUGGUGGCGAAAAUAAUGAAAUUCAUGGAUAUUGCCCAGGUCGGUAACAUCAAGAUGCUUACUUGUACGUUUGUUGAUUCUCUAUCCAGUGUGAGGAGAAGUUCCAUCCCAUAGUCAUCUUGAUGAGGGCCUUUUUCUGACAAAAGAUAAAGGCCACUUGGGGGCCAGGCGGCGGAGGGCUGAACCUCCUCUUCCAUCUUUUCAACAUUUCGAUAGAUUCAGUUGCCCUACUGACUUCAAGAUGGAGCUCUUCUUCAACCCUUUUGACAACUUGAUAUGCAUCCUGCUGGGUAUCUCCUUCACUGUGUGGUUCACCCUGCUGCUGGUCUUCAUCAUCGUGCCUGCCAUCUUUGGAGUGUCCUUUGGCAUCCGACGUCUUUACAUGAAAACCUUGUUAAAGAUCUUUGAGUGGGCCACACUACGGAUAGAGAGAGGCGCUAAAGAAAAUAAUCACCCCUUGGUCAAACCCUACUCAAAUGCUAUCAUUGCCAAGGAGCCAACGUCUUUGGAGGAGGAGAUCAAGGAGAUCAGGCGAAGCGGCAGCAACAGAGACCUGGACUCAGCCUCUGAGUUUGAGAUGUCUGACAUCUUUUAUUUUGCUCGGCGAGGAGUGGAGAGCAUCAUGGACGAUGAGGUGACCAAGAGGUUCUCUGCUGAGGAGCUAGAGUCCUGGAAUCUGCUGACCCGCAGCAACAAUAACUUUCACUACAUCAGCUUGAGACUGACCGUCCUAUGGGGGCUGGGCCUGCUGAUCCGCUACGGCUUCCUGCUGCCUCUCAGGGUAACUCUUGCCUUCACUGGUGUAGGACUCCUUGUAUUUCUCACCUCUGUUGUUGGGUUUCUUCCAAAUGGAAGGAUGAAAAACUUUCUGAGUGAGAAAGUCCAUUUGAUGUGCUACAGAAUAUGUGUCAGAGCUCUGACUGCCAUUAUAACCUACCAUGACAGUGAAAAUAAACCUAAAAAUGGAGGAAUCUGUGUUGCAAACCAUACCUCCCCCAUUGAUGUCAUCAUCUUGGCCAGUGAUGGCUGCUAUGCUAUGGUUGGCCAAAUUCAUGGUGGCCUGAUGGGGGUCAUCCAGAGAUCUAUGGUCAAGGCCUGCCCACAUGUGUGGUUUGAACGCUCAGAAGUCAAAGACAGACAUCUAGUGGCCAAAAGAUUAAGCGAUCACGUAGAAGAUAAAUCCAAACUGCCCAUUCUUAUUUUCCCUGAAGGCACCUGCAUUAACAACACAUCAGUGAUGAUGUUUAAGAAAGGGAGCUUUGAGAUUGGUGCCUCAGUCUACCCUGUGGCCAUUAAGUAUGAUCCCAGAUUUGGAGACGCCUUCUGGAACAGCAGCAAGUUUGGCAUGGUCAACUACCUGUUACGCAUGAUGAGCAGCUGGGCCAUCGUCUGCAGCGUGUGGUACCUUCCCCCAAUGUCCAGAGAGGAGGGCGAGGAUGCUGCACAGUUUGCAAAUCGUGUAAAGGCCGCCAUAGCCAGGCAAGGUGGACUAGUCGACCUCCUGUGGGAUGGAGGAUUGAAACGUGGAAAGGUAAAAGAUACCUUUAAAGAAGAGCAGCAGAAGCUGUACAGUAAAAUGCUGGUGGGCACCCAAGAGGACCGGAGUCGCUCCUGAAGAACUUCUUGUGAAGGUGGACAGUCUCAGAGACACACUCGGACACUUCUGACUAAAUAAGUAGUCAGCGGGGUUUGUCUCUCCACUGGAGCUCUCUGACUGGAAAAUUCCCUCUCUGAUGUCAACAGCACUCCAUUAAGCUUCCUCGGUUGCUGCCUCAGCUUGGCAUGUUCAGUUUGAGUCUGCUGUUCCAGGUCAUUCUGAGACUGCUCCCUUUUGUUGGAAAUGCUGGACUCAAGCCUUGAUUACAUUACAAUAAGAGUAAGGUACGCACAGAAGCAGAGCUUUGUCUUCCUUGGUGGCAGUCUUCUUUCUUUUAUAUGAGGGAAAUACUUGUAUUAUUAUCAUUGGUUUUUUUCUUUGAUAGUUUGAACUUUAAAAUGUUACGUUCAUGUUUGUAUCACACUGUGUUAAAGUAACUGACCAGUUCUGUCUAACUGGAAGAGUUCUUGUAGAUGAACUAGUUUGUUUUGGAGAUAAAACCUGUGACUGAGUUGGGGUUUCGCAUGACUGGCUUUUGUGCCCACGGUUAAGGGCACAUUGCCAGAUUUUGUUACAUUUCAGAUAUUUUUAUGGGCCUUUUCCAAGAGAUAAAAAUGUAUUUUAAGCUUUGUGUUUUACAUUAAGACUUGAAUCAACCCAUGAGAUCACUUGGAAUUACGGCUCUAAUGAGCUCUGAUAUGUUUUCCAUUUCAGUUUUUCCACUGAAUGUGAAAAUCCUCACAUUAUGAAGUGGAAAUUGUGCACCCACGGGAUUGAGCCCGAUUUCCUGCUAAAGCUAAUGAUGCCGCAUGAUGGCAGUUAAAGGGUUUGUAGUCCACUCAUUCAGAAUUUAUUUGGGAUGCUUUUAGCAUUAUCCCUCUAACGCCCAUGAAACAGAGGUAGUGAUGCAUAAUGACCAUCACAAUCUGUCUCCUGACUAAAACAUUGUUAUAAAUACAAUUAGCUGAUGAAUACUAAUACACUCCUAAUAUGCAUAUUGUUUUCAUUGGCUUCCUGCUUGUGCAGUGACCAUCUUGCCUAAUUUAUUUAAACUCACCUCUAAAAGCUUUUGUCUUUAACAAUUGUUCUCUUACUUGGCAGCCUCUUCAAAGAGGGACAGAGUGCAGCUGUAGUUUGGAGUAUAGGCUACAGCUGAAGAACACGUGGAUGUCCUCAGGGAGAAACCCCCGAGACUCCACUUCAUUCAGUUUGCUUUUAUCAGGGAUAGUUGUUUAGACCGUGUCAAAUCUGUUCAUCAAAAUAAAUGUUGAAGAAUGUGACUCUA